UGGGAAAUGUACUGUAUGGGAAUGUAUGGGAAAAGCGUCAGGCAACGAUUUUGUGAAACAAGAUGCCACACGAUUUUGAGAAGGAUUUGCGUGACCGCUUCGAGCGACUGAAAGCAACCAGCGAAGGAACUGCUGGUGCGGGUGCGGGAUCUCAAGAUGGUCGCUCAAAUCCACUUCCCUCAGACGAUGAGCUCCUCUCCCGGCUGAAAUCCCUCACAGGCAACGACCCGAUCGCUGCGUCAAGUUCCAGUCCGCGGCCAGAAGCACCGUACCAUCGCCGGUCAUUCGGGCCAGUUUCUCACGACCUGGUCGAGUCACUACAUGACCUUCCCGAUCUAGACGCCGAGCUUAACUCGCUACUGAACGAUACGAACCUGCUGAAAGAUGUCGGGCUCGACCUCGCAUACGAGUCUGAACGCAUCAAUGUGCCCUUAUCCGAUCCCGCCGAAGAUGACCCCGACACCGACGACGACGCGGCGCCCAUGGCUGCCGUCUUAGCCGUCCUCAACUCCUCCGCAGCCGUAGCAGCCGCCCACGCCGCAUCCGGCCAAAAAGGCCCCAUCCCCACCCGGACAGGCUCGUCCGACGGCGUGUAUGUGGAUUACACCAACCUGCUCCUCACAUCGCCGUCCAAACCGUCGCGGGUGGAAGCGGAGCUGGAUCCGGACGUGAAGGAGUUGCUGCAGCAGGUGCAUCAGGAGGUUGCGUUGGAGAAGAAGUAUGGCGCUUUUAGUGAGAUGCAGGCGGAUGAUUUGGAGAGGAGGGUUAGGGGGUUGAAGGAGUAUGUGCCGCCGGCAUCUUCGGCUGCAUCAAAACCUGCAUCGUCAUCACCGACCAAAGACACCGCAAAUAGUAAUGCUACAUCACUGGGUCUGCCGCCACGCCCACCAUCUUUGAAAGAUUUCGACUACGGGACCGUAGGACACGAAGAAGGGGACGACUGGUGCUGCAUCUGCAACGACGACGCAAUAGUCCUCUGCCCGCAAUGCGACGACGACCCGUACUGCCUGCGGUGUUUCCGCGAGGGGCAUCUGCAGGACACGUCUGAUCCGGAACUGAGACGGCAUCAAGCUGUUAAGAUUGUCAGGAAGGGGGCUAAGAAGGCGAGGUCGUAGGAUUGGGAAUUUUUGGGUGCGGGGCGUGGGGUGAGGGCGGGAUCAUCUGCGCAUAGCGAUUUCCAGGUAUCCCCGCAUAUUUUCAUACCCGCACCCAUGUACCAGCGUCAACGGAUGUCUGGCUUGUGUGCGAGGAUGAAUUUGUUCCACAUCGGAUAUCAGACCCACCCUCAGGAUGCGAUGUCUGUGUUGGUUGGCCUGCGGGCACUUCCAUAUAGCUUUGUAUCUGGGAUGGGUAAUCCUCCCUCCUUCCAGCCAGUGCCCAUGUACACAUGUUUAUAUAUCCCUCGCCCAAAACUUUUUUACAAUCAGAACAUGGUUCCUUCUA